UAAUUUUAUACCGUGUUUAAUUUGUGUCAGAAAAUUCUCUACUUGCUAAUAAAAAAAACUCCUAUUUUUCGUCAGAAUUGAGAAACUGCAAAAGUAAAGAAGCUAACUGUCAACUGUCAUUACAGUCCACAACUUCCACCACCCCCAAUGGCGGCCAUCGCCACCGCCACGGCCACCUCCUACCUUAAUACCUGCUCUUUCAGCCACUCUCAAUCUUCAACUUUUCGCUUCUCAUCCCUUACUUACCAAACCAACUUUCCUACUUUUUCUCUUAAAUUUCAUUCUCACCCUCCUCGUACUUCUUUCCCCAUCUUCAGUAAUCACGGCGGUAACAGUAAUUUUGGCGGCGGAGAAGGAGGUGGUGGAGGUGGAGGUGGAGGAGGGAAGGAUGAUGAAGAUUCAGGGGAAAGGAACAAGAAAGAAGCAAUAAUGGCUUUGGCUGAAGCUGAAAGAUCACUGGACAGCUUGCCUAAGGACUUGGCUGCUGCAAUUGAGGCCGGGAAAAUACCUCCAGCCAUCGUUAACCGGUACUUGGAGCUCGAAAAAUCACCUUUUCUCCGGUGGCUGCUUGGCUUUGGCGGGUUUAAAGAACGGCUGCUGGCUGAUGAUCUCUUCUUGACUAAAGUUGCUAUUGAGUGUGGCAUUGGCAUCUUUACUAAGACUGCUGCAGAGCUGGAAAAGCGGAGGGAGAAUUUCAAAAACGAGCUGGACUUUGUCUGUGCUGAUGUGGUAAUGGCCAUUGUUGCUGAUUUCAUGCUGGUCUGGCUCCCAGCUCCGACUGUUAUUCUCCGUCCUUCUCUUGCCAUUGGUGCUGCGCCUCUUAGUAGAAUUUUCUACAACUGCCCCGACAACGCAUUUCAGGUUGUGUUAGCUGGUACUUCCUAUACAUUUCUACAGAGAAUAGGCGCUAUAGUGAGAAAUGGGGCCAAACUCUUUGCAGUUGGUUCAGGCGCAUCUCUGAUUGGUACAGGUGUAACAAAUGCUUUAAUCAACGCACGAAAGGCUAUUGAUAAAACCUUUGCUGGUGAAGCUGAGGAUUUACCCGUUCUGCCGACCAGUGCUGCAUAUGGUGUUUACAUGGCAGUCUCAAGCAACCUUAGGUACCAAAUCCUUGCUGGAGUUAUUGAACAACGAAUAUUGGAGCCAUUGCUACACAAGCACAAGAUCAUACUUGGUGCACUGUGCUUCGUUUUCCGAACUGGCAAUACCUUUUUGGGAUCAUUAAUGUGGGUGGAUUUUGCACGUUGGAUUGGAAUCCAAAGGUCACGAGAACAAAAAGAAACUUAGAUAAUGGUUCCCAGUUUUGUGGUCAACCAAGGAUCAUUUGUACACGUUUUUAUUUUAGUUUUGUGUUUUUUGUUUUAAUUGAACUUCAAUUUAUAACAGUGGUGAGAUUUUUUGUCACACUUUUUACUGCUACUUUAUUUUGUUGAAUUCAAAAGAAGUAAGGGUUCAACAUCUCUUGGUUGUGCAAAAUUUAUUCUUGUUGAUA